UCUGACCGCCAUGUUAUUCUGGAGCGGCGAUGUUACGUCGUUGGCGUCGCUGCUUUUGUGCCUCCUCGUGCUCGGCACAGCCGGCGUCGAUGAGUCCGGAUGAGGCAUUCAUAAUCGACGCAUUGAAAUAUCCAGAGAAAUAUAAAAGAUACGGAAAAAUGUUUCAAACAAAAGUUAUUACUCAGUUGCUAGAAGGAAAGACCUUGAUUGGCCUUGAGAAGAUGUCCUUAAUAUCAGGUAUAAAUAAGUUGGAAAUAGCAGCAGCAGAAUCCAAGACCGAGCGGACCGCGUCAUUGGAGAUUCGAUCAUCACAAGAUAUCAAGGGUAUAGAGGCAGGCAGCACACCGACGUUAUUGUGCAAGCUUAACGUGCCGGGUCAAGUCUGGUGGAGCACCGACGGCAGGAACCUCAGCACCAUCAAUGAGUUUGACUACAUCGGACGAUUUGAUAUAAAAAAGGCCAACAGAAAUGACACGGGCAACUACAAAUGCUCUGCGCAGACUGUUGACGGCGAAUUCCUCGAAAAAAACAUUCAUAUCAGAGUGAUAGAACCUGGCAAGAUAAUAUCCGGCGGGAAUAUAAGGGCGAAAGUGUCGGAAGCUGCCAACUUGACGUGCCACAUACACGGUUAUCCGUUAUCUCAAUUUACUUGGUUAAAAGAGAAUAAUUCAGAGAGCAGCGAACAUUUGAAGAAUCUCACUGUCGUUGCGCAAAUAAACGAGACUUACGCCGUUUUAGUCCUGGAAUUCAAGGGUUUAGCGCGAAAGGAUAAUGGCACAUAUGUGUGUCAGGCGAAUGACUACAACGGGAUAAUGAGCGCCUUAACGCAUUUAUUUGUCAUCGAUGUGCCAAAAGUCAGCAUAGAUUUUAUGAAGGCAGUCGGUGCCGGCAGCAUAUUCCUAAAUUGGACUGUCAGUGAUGGUAACGAGCCGAUUAAGAAGUACUUCAUCCAGCACAUGAAGAAAGGUACGGAUCAACGUCAGUACUACGCCGAGCAGAUUGGAGGUGGUAAUUCGAGCUACGUUCUCAAGGGAUUUGAGAGCGGCACUGCGUAUCAAAUCGGCAUCAGCGCUAUCAAUGCGCUGGGCACGUCACACAUGCAAUUAGAUCCACGAUGGAUCAUCACGCUUGAGAAAGAUCCAGUGUUUGUGCCGAAAGUGUCCGUGAAUGGCGUGACAGAAAAUUCAAUCACAAUAGGUUGGACUGUGCCACCACCGGAUUUGAAGGAACAUGUGCACUAUUAUAAUUUGAUGGCCACUCACGCUGAUCAGAAGAGAGAAGCAGUGUAUCCCGCUCAGCCAUUCAUCGUAUAUGCAUUUGUAGAUCUCGAUCCAGCGACCACAUACAAAUUCAAAAUAGCUGCUUGCAGCGAAUACACGAAACAAUGCGGUAAUUGGAGUGCUGAAGUAAACGGCACCACUUUGGAUGGAGUGGCCAGUCCUCCAAAGAAUCUCAUCGUUAUUUGUCGCUAUGACAAUAUAAGCAGUUUCAGUUUUAUGUCCAUUACUUGGAAACCCCCGGAGAAGCCAAAUGGUAUUAUACAGCGCUAUAAUAUACAAUUGAAUGGCGUAGCAAGAUUCAAGAAUGAAAUGGGGCGUUUGGACAUUCAUAGUUUCGAACCACCCAGCUGGAGUGUCUAUAAUAGGAACAGCACGCAUUACAAUAAGAUACCUCCUAAUACAAAUUAUACGGUUCGGGUGCACGGAGUAACAAGGUCUCGCACUCCUGGCAAGGAUGCUAUAGGAAACUGUACGACGCCAGUUACAGUUCCGGGUCGCGAUAAUAUGAACAUGCGCAGCUGGCGGAAGAUUGAAAACCAGGGUAGGCAGUUGUUCAAACUCUAUCUACCGCGUAUCUCGGAACGGAACGGUCCAAUCUGCUGCUACCGCGUCUACCUAGUGAAAUUACCGCCGCAUAAAACAGUUGGUGAUUUACCAUCACCUGAGGAGAUCAUGGUAUAUUCUUAUCAGUAUGUGCAUAAUUCACCUACCGGUGGUGCGUAUAUUGCUGAGAUAUUCGAUAGCGAUCAGUUAUUGACAGAGAUCUUUCUCGGUGACGGCGAGUCGUCUAACGGUGGUGUUAUGUGCGAUAAGUGCAUUGGUUUACGACCCAAACCAGCACCUCCGUUAUUACACUUUGUUCCGGAAAUCUCAUCAACUACCACUGUAACUUCAAGUAAUAUGAGCAGUAUCAUUACUAGCACGACGGCAAUUACAUCCAUACUGACGACAACUGCAAGUAGCAGUGGUAGCAGCACAACUACCAACCCAUCUACCACAUUAUCGAUGACCACUAUUAGUACGAAAAUUGACACAACUACGGCUGUGCCUGUGAUUAUGAAUGCCACGGAAAAAGUGGACAGACGAAAGAGAGAAAACGCGCCGCUGCAAAAGGCAUCUAUAGACGAAUCUGGAGAAUUCAGUGUUUUAUCACCUUACGAUGGUUUUCUUGAUGAAACUUCGAAUUAUACUGGUUUUAUCGAAGUUAUUGUGUUCGAUAAUGAAAAGGAUCAGUUUUUACCGGCUUACAGUAGUUAUUUCAAUCCUCUUUACGGCGGAGUGGAUCCUCUCAGUGUAACGGCUGCGGAAGCGACUACUGUCAGAGAAAUGAUAUUACAGCUCUUCAUCGCCCUAAUUUUAACUCUCACAAUUCUGUUUAUCGCACUCUGUGUGUUAUAUAGAUUUACGAAACGUGCGCAAGAGAGGGAAGAGGUUAUAACGCUGCGCAAUAGUUUCAGACAUCUCUGUAGAAGUUUGAGAGGCAGGCAUCAACUCGUGGCAGCGAGUCCACCAGAUAUGCCGCCCAUAUCUAAGAACGAGUUAUUGCAAGCGUACUUGGAACGCCAUAGGGAUUCGGAUUAUGGUUUCCAGCACGAAUUUGAACUGCUACCUGAUCGAUUUACGGAUAGAACGACACGUGCAUCCGAAGCACAGGAAAACCUGUAUAAGAAUCGUUAUCCGGACAUCAAAUGUUAUGAUCAAACGAGAAUACGUUUGGCGCAGAUGGACGGUAUCUGCGGCUCUGAUUACAUCAAUGCCAACUUUGUGCUGGGCUAUAAGGAACGCAAGAAGUUCAUCUGCGCCCAGGGCCCGAUGGAGAAUACUGUGUGCGACUACUGGCGCAUGAUCUGGGAGCAGCAUCUCGAGUUAAUUCUUAUGCUGACAAAUCUCGAAGAAUAUUCAAAGACCAAGUGCGCCAAAUAUUGGCCGGACAAGCGCGAAACCAAAAACUUUGGUGACAUCACAGUGGAACACGUUAAAGAGCGUGCCUACUCGGACUAUGUAGUGCGCGAAUUGAAGAUGACACGACUAGGCGAGCGCGACGCCCGCGCGAUCGUGCAGUAUCACUUCCUCGUGUGGAAAGACUUCGUCGCCCCCGAACAUCCACACGCGAUUUUACGCUUUAUUAAGCGCGUCAAUGAAGCGUAUUCGCUCGAAAAGGGGCCAAUCUUGGUGCACUGCAGUGCUGGUGUGGGCCGCACCGGCACGCUCGUGGCAUUGGAUUCUCUGCUGCAACAGUUGGCUGAGGAGGGCCAGGUGUCUAUCUUCAACACUGUGUGUGACUUACGGCAUCAGCGCAACUUUCUUGUGCAAUCGCUUAAGCAAUACAUCUUCAUCUAUCGCGCGCUUAUGGAGAUGGCACAGUACGGCGACACGGAAAUUUCGGCACCACAACUCAAAACCACAAUCGUCAAACUAAGACAGCGAGACAACGGAAAAGAGAAGUGUAGGAUGGAGGAAGAAUAUGAUAAAAUUAGUUCCAUAUUAGAAGAUCGGAAAUCCUUCUCUGUCGGCGGCGGAGACGAAAAUAAAUUAAAGAAUAGAAGUGAAUUGGUGAUACCAUAUGAUAGAAAUCGCGUGAUACUCACGCCAGUUCCAGGAAAAGAACAUUCAACAUACAUAAAUGCAUCGUUCAUCGAAGGCUACGAUAACUCUGAAUCGUUUGUUAUUACGCAAGAUCCCUUGGAAAUUACUAUAACGGAUUUCUGGCGAAUGAUCUCGGAACAAUGCAUCUCCACGAUAGUUAUGUUAUCUGAUUUGAAUGAAGGCCCACGGAAAUGCCCACGCUAUUGGCCUGAUGAUGAAACCGAUUAUGAUCACAUAAGGGUCCGUUACAUCCGUAGUGAGAGUUGUCCAUAUUACACGCGUCGCGAAUUUUGCAUUUUGAACACAAAGACUGACGAAAGUGGAGUCGUAAAGCAGUAUCAAUAUCAUGGCUGGCCAACGGUGGAGGGUGAAGUACCUGAGGUGACGCGCGGUCUUAUUGAGUUGGUAGAUCAGACAUUGGCGAACGACACCGAGACGAGCGGCUCGUUGGUCGUGCACUGCAGUUACGGAUCAGAUCGGAGUUCAAUGUUCGUGGCUCUUAGCAUACUGGUUCAGCAAUUGCGCACUGAGAAGCGCGUAGAUAUUUUCACAACGACGAAGAAAUUGCGUUCUCAGCGACAUGGCAUGAUCAGCACCUUCGCGCAAUAUGAGUUUCUUCAUCGUGCCAUCGUAAAUUACUCGGAUCUUCACAAUUUAGUCGAUGAUGAAACGACAGCAUAAUGUUUGAAAAUUAGCAGCAAGAGCGAGACUAAAUUGUUCUAAAUUGUUUGGGCGGACAUGUGCGCGAAAAAGUUCCGUGACAAGUGUCCGACGAUCCACGAACGUUCAAAUAAGCGUACAUUGCCUCAACCAAAGAUGAAUAAACGUCGAUAAAGAUCAUUAAUGUCAUCGUCAUCAUCAUUAUUAUCAUCGUCAUAUAAACGGAAAGUGGAUCGCGAUGCACAAAGCGGAUCUAAAGACUUGUACAUAAUAUGUUCGCAAAUUUUACAUGUGCUGACUAUAAGUUAAGUGUGAAAGAAGAGCAUUGAUUUGAGAUUAACUAAAAAUCAUCGUGGUAUUACUACGUGAAUUUCCGACAUCGUUGGUGAAAAUCUUAAAGUGCAGUGCGUGAUAUUAUCACGAAACACCGUUAUGAAGCUUUAUUUUAUUUUUAUUGAUAACCUAACGAUUUAGCCAGAGCAUAUUGUAGCCAUAGUGUGACAAAGUUUUAAUAUCGAAAUUUAACAUAGACACGAAUGUUCUUGUCAAUAUCCUGCAUACGGCUGUACAGCGAAGCUGAGACACAGGAAGAAAUGGAUAUACUUGUAUAGGUAUGAUAAUUCAUUCUUCUGCCAAGUAUAUGAGAUAUGGUCUGUAACUUUGAAUCAUUUCGCUCUUGCGAAUCGCAAUUGAAGCUAAGUAAUGGAAGGAGACAUCAUGAUGAAUAAUCAUGAUUAUUCGCAUUCGUGACCGAUCCCGAAAACUUUCCGUUAAUGCGUAUUAUCCUGGCAUUUGCUACAGGAUGUUCUGUUUUGACUAAAAUAAAGAGAUAAAAUAAUGAAAUAAAAUUCGAUCAGCUUCGUUUGUGGGAAGCCCUUCGAAAGGAAGCGACUUCUGUAACAAUG